AGUAUGCUAUGGAGCUCACUCACAAAAACAGAGAAUGUUCUCCGCUUGAGAGAAACUUCUUUGGCUUUAUUCAUACGAAAUCGGAGAAUAUACUUUGCUUUGAGCAACUUCCCCCACCCUUCGCCCCACACUGAGAACAUACUCGGGUGAAGUAUAUUCUCAGACUCGCUUUAUUCAUGCCAACCAGAGAACUUUCUCCGAACUUCUGAGUAUAAAGUAUAUUCUCUGUUUUAUUCAUACGACCCAUUAUGCUUCCUAGUUUUUAUUCAUACGAAACUGAGAACUUUCUUUGAGAAUGUUCUUUUGCUCUGAGUAUCAACUCUGGAGAAUGUUCUCGUUUUUAUUCAUACAACCCAUUGUGUGGUACUUGCGUAUGAGCCAAAACAAUGUUGUUUAUGUCAGGGUGAAGUUUUAUUAGUGACGCGAUUGAGUACAGAGUUACGCCUUAAUUAUCAGUGUAUGGACAGAUUUUUUAGAUUAAGUUUUUAAGUGGAAAAUAAUGGUUUGCUGUGCGAUUGCCGGUUGUACUAACCAUAGCAGACAAGUAAAUCAGUUGGGAAUUAAGUUUCAUAUAUUUCCCAAAAAGAGUGAGACGAAACAAAAAUGGAUAAAUGCAUGUAAACGUGCAGAUUCGUUUUCUGUUGAAAAUGCUCGUGUCUGCUCAAUACAUUUUAUUGAUUCGGAUUAUGAAAGGGAUUUGAAAAGUGAACUGUUGAACAUUCCUUCGAAACGCAAAUUGAAGACUGAUGCUGUUCCAACACUAAAUCUACCGUCUUCCGGUGCCGGUAUAGGGUUUAGUAAUGAGCGUAAUGAUGAGGGAGAUGUGCGGGCACAGAAACGAAGCUACCGCCAAGAGGAUAUUGUACAGAAGACUGCACAGGGAGAACAUCGAAGUUCUGUAUGUGGUGUGACUGUCAUCAAACAUGAGCCAGAUUGGGAGGUGCCUGAUGGCCACGUUAGCACACAGGAGCCACUAAAUGUCGUUAAAGAGGCAUGUUCACCUUCAGAUGAUUGUCUCGGGCCUAGAACACUCAAUACUGGAAAGACAGAGGAUGACGAAGAUGAGGAGGCAAUGAGUGAGGAUGACUUUGUGGUGGUCAAGCAUGAAGUGGAGUCAGUAGGUAGUGACAGCGAACAAGAAAGUGCUCUCCCUGUUGGCAUGGAGAACAUCAAGCAUAAUGAUGACAGCAGCAGUUUGGUUUCCAACGUUUCUGUGGGUGCAGGAACAGGCAACAGGAUACAAUGCACCACCAAGGAGGAUACACCCUUUGGGAAUAAGAGUAAUACAGUGCAUGUGGGCCACAGACGUGGCAUCUGCAAAAAGACAUUCGCACAGUUGCAGGAAAUGAAGAAGCACGCUCACUUGGAGAGGCGUGAGCUUCUGCAUCUGUGUGGUGUUUGUCACAAAACAUUCACAGUGAGUAGCAGUUUGAAGAGGCACUUCCUCUUACACACUGGUGAACGCCCUUACGUCUGUGGGAUUUGCAGCAAGACAUUUACACAAAGUUAUCAUCUGAAACUGCAUUCGAGGCUACACUCUGGUGAACGUCCCUACGUCUGUAGUGUUUGCAGCAAGUCAUUCAUACAAAAUAGUGACAUGAAGCGGCAUUUGCUGUUGCACACGAACAUACACCCAUACAAGUGUGAUGUUUGUCACAAGUCAUUCAUACAAAACAGUGAACUGACACAGCAUUUGCUGUUGCACACUGAUGAACGCCCAUACAGAUGUGUCGUUUGCAAGAAGACAUUCGACCAAAAUACUGAACUGAAGGAGCAUUUGCGGGUACACAUUGAUGAAUGCACAUACAGCUGUGGCAUAUGUAACAAGACAUUCAUGCGAAAUAGUCAGCUGAAGAGGCAUUCACAGUUGCACACUAACAAAACUGCUAAAUCUGUGAAGCGUGUCAUAAGAGAUUCAAGAGCAUCAGCAAGUUGAAGGAACACUCGCAGCUGCUGCACACUGGUGGAAACCACAAUGUUGCAACAUUUGUCAAUAGGAUUUCUGUUAUUGCAGCAACCUGAGGAUAGUUUCUCUCAUGAGGUAAUGCCCAUCUUAUGUAUUUUCAUAAAGAUUGGCAAUGAGUUACAGACUGUAGAUGCAUUCAUUUUUGCUCACAUCUGCAGCUCAUGGUCUAGUGGCUAGUGUUGCUGCCUCUGAAUCAUGGAGUCGCAGGUUCAAUUCCCAGCCUGGUUGGGGAUUUUCUCUGCCCGGGGACUGAGUGUUUGUUUUGUCUUCAUCAUCACACUCAUUUGUGACAGUGGUUAGAGUGGACUGUGUAAAAAGAAUUGGACUGUGUACGAGCACUGAUGACCAUGCAGUUGAGUGCCCCACAAACCAAUCAUCAUUGUCAUUUUUGCUCAAGUACCCAUCAAAACUGUCUGAAAAUUCAUUUGCAAGUGCACAUUGGUGAAUAUUGCUAUUGAUAUGACUGUGCCAUUAUAAGAUGAAGAGCAGAAUAGGCUCAAUAGUGUA